AUGAUGCAAGGUGUUACUUCAUUGUGCCCAAGUUCUUCCAGCUUCCUAGAUGAAGAUUCGCUUGUGGCUUUUGCAAAGUUAUUUAACGUCAAUACCGAUUGCCUGCGCUGCGAAAUAGCAACCUUUCAUCACUUACUUAAACAAAAGCACAAGGAAGAUCACCCAAAAGGACUUCUUCAGAUGCUAUCUUACCUGGAGACGUUAAAGGAAGCAUUCUCUGAGCUGCAUCGCAUUGUUCUGAUUGCCUGUACUUUACCUGUUUCAUCAGCUGAAUGUGAAAGAAAUUUUAGUUCAAUGAAGCUGAUAAAAAAUGAACUCCAUUCAGUAAUGAAACAGGAGGAUCUAGACAGCCUUAUGAUGUUGGGAAUUCACCACGAGCGAGGAGAAAAACUGGACUUCGAUAACGUAGUAGAUAAGUUCAAGGCCAGAUUUCCCAAAUGCAGAAUUUCACUUUGA